UAAGGUCUUGUACCAGAAAACAAAACUUUGCUUUUAGAUGUUCAGUGAAGCAGAGGAUUGAAAACAAGCGAUUUUAUGAUAUUGCCUGCUUGGAAUUACUCUUUAUUUAUACUAGUAGUAUAGGCUCUUUCAUAUGGGAGUUGAGGAAUCGCCAGAAAAAGCUCUCUAAUUUGAUGGAUUGGAUCAAUCGUGACUCGAAUACCAGCACGAUCGUGACUUCAUAAGCCAUAUUUUCYACUGUGAAAAAUCAACACAUUCUGCACCGAACAGCUGAGAAUCCAUCGGAAAACCUGCCAUUAUAGUCGAUAAAGGUUAUACCUAAUGCUGAGUAAGUUUGCUUAAUCUUGUCUAUAAAAGUAAAAGCAAGAAAUCCGAACAGAUCUCGGAUCCUACGCUUAUCCUCUACCAUCGAAGAUUCUUCGUAUGACAUUGGUUUGGAAUUGAAAUAUUUCGUCAAGCAAAGCGCUUGUAAAAGCUUGCCUAGGUACAGAUGGGAUUGGUUUUGGAUAGCCGGCGAUUUGGGAGCAAUAAUGUAUGUUUUCGCAUACUUCAUUCCCCACAACAAUGCUACUGAAGUAGCGUUAGGAGCGUAAACUACAAAGAAACCAACCAUAACAGACCAAGGAAGACCGCCAAUACUUGACAGAUACCAGACAAUCUUAUGAACUAAAAGCAUGCCCCCAGACCUCAGAAGUACAAGGUUUUGAAACUACUGAUCAGGCUUUGUUACACAAAGAUCACGAUGAGUAGUAGAUAUAGGGAUUCUUCAUUAAAAGAAUCUAUGGAGAAUUCCAGAAGGCAUCAAUUUCUUGGACAAAGAUCUAAGACGAUGGUUGAAGAAACCAGUACUUCACGUUAUAAGGAGUCACCGGGACUUGGCAGRCGAUAUGGAAGUGCUAGAUACCACCGAACUACUGUAGACUUGCCAAUUAGAGGCUCAAGCACAGUAAGUUCUUAUCAACCUCRUUCAUCAACAGAACCAUCMUCUCCUCGCAAUAAGUACAGAACUACAACAUCAAGUGAUAUUUCUGAUCAACCUUUUACAUUCUCAAGAACUCAUUCUUUUGACAAUCCAAAGUAUUCGAGUUCAAAGAAAUCUCCAAUCUACCACGAUUUUGAAAGUCACCAAACAGACACAGAUAGGAGUAAAAAAUACMCAUCAGGGUGGAGAAGUCCACCAAGUGUAUCCAGAUCUUCUACAACAUACACACCUAAAUAUACUUCAAGUGAUAAGUGGUCAUCAGUUUCAGUACCACCGCUAUAUCUUCGAAAGGACAGUAGCAAAGAUGAAAGCAGUUCUAGGAGUAGCUCAUUCAGCUCUAGGGGAUCUAGUGGGUCUGCAAGCAGAAAAAGUUCAACAGGAUCUAUUGGAAGGGAUAAGAUGUCAUUUGCUGGUASUUACUCUGGACGAGCUUCACCCGAUGUUUCAACUGCACAGGAUAUAUCUCGCCUUAGUCAAAAAAUAACCAACACAUUUGAGGGAGGCACUCGCCGUAGUUCUGAUAGCUCUGUCCCAACACAAGGAAGUCGGUCGCCUUUCCUCCGGAGUUACUCUCUUCGAAGUGACUAUACUUCCAGAUAUGUCCAACACAAAGUUCGAGAGAGAACGAGCUCCAGUCCUUCAAAAACAAUGAUUCAUAAGCAAAGUAGUUUACCUGAAGAAAAGAGCAUUGCAAGUCAACAAGACGAACAAAGGUCAAGAAAGGGGAGCUGGUUACAAGUACAGAAACAGUCUACUGACAGUCCAGAAAGAGGGGGUUUUAGUAAGAUGUUUGGAAGACAAAGGUCCGGUUCCUCGUCACCUUCUGAAACCAGCAAUAAGUUUUCUCUGACUGGCAAAUUGUCUUCAUCAAAUGAAAGUAAUACGGACACUAGUGGCGGCCUUUUUAAAAAGAAGUUUUCUGUUCCAAGUAAAUACUUCUCUUCCAAGGAGACCAUUUCCAGAGAGUCAUCAGAAGGAAGCACAGAACUACUUGAUGCUUCAGGAGCUGGAAAGUUGAAGAAAAAGUACUCAUUACCAACAAAACUUAACUUGAUGAGAAGAAGGAGUUCUAGUAUUGAAGGUAGCAGRUCAGAGCCAGCAAGUCCAGAUCGAUACCCGGAAAAGUUUAGGGUCAGGUCCACYUCRGUUGAUAUGGACUCUGAGAAAGACCACCUAAAAAGUUCAGUUAUGAGGAGAUUUAAGUUUUGGGACAAAAAGGAGAGGCGCUCUCCUCGUUCACGAUCUAUAUCACCCGAAGGACGACAAUCCAUGAUGUCACCUGAAGAGACGCCAGAAGCAAAGCCUUUASAAAAACAAUUGCACGUUGAACCUGACGAGAGUAAAGAUAAUSRAACCUCUGCUGAUCCCAAAACACUCGACGGGAUAAGUACACCUACUGAGGGAAACACAAUUACUGUUGUUAGUAAAAAAAUCGAUACCRAUGAUUCCCAAUCAACGAGAAAACUUUCCAGAGAAGAGAGAAGAGCUCGGUACAGACGAGCACAAAACACGGCRUAUUCUAAAUCAAUGGAUGCGGCAGUGGGCAGGAUAACUGUUAGCAAUGAAAUCACGACYGAAACAAAUGCUGAAUCAGAUAUGCAACCUUCAGACAAGCUGAGAGAGCGGAGGAGAUUGCGCAGGUUGGAGAGGGAGAAAGCUUUUUCUUCAGGAGAAAACGCUGCUGGUGAUACUGUUAGACAGUCCAGACAAAAACUUAAACUCUCAGUCAGCACUGAGGAUUCWGAGGUUUCAAAACAACGCUCUCAAACUAUUUGUUCUUCAGCUCAUCAAGAUAUCAUAGAAUCGAUUUUGAAAGAACAACCUCACUUAUCACGUGACAACGUUCGACCUCCAUCUGUCAAAGAAAUGCUGAAACGCUUCAUCUGCGAGGACGACACUUCCAAGACCAUUUUAGAUUCCCGCAAAAGUAAAGAGGAAGGUCGUCCACACACUAUUUGUGGAGGAACUCUUUCUCCUGACGAGAUGAGAAAAUUUGAUGACAUCAAUUUCUCUCUGGCUAGGCAAUAUUCACCGGACAAUGUACCAGCUGUGAAACCAGCUGACAAUGACGUACCCUCGUCGAGUGAUGKAGUUGGAAAAGMCAAAUCGAAURCUCUAGAAAUUCAGAACAAAGUUAAUAAAGAUACUAAAGUUGCAGCGACAGCAGCAGUAGUGCCAUCCAAGRCGGRAAAGAUCAUCAGGAAGUUUUCAUUGAAAGGUGAAGAKGACGCACCACAUAGAUCUUUGUUCAGUCGAAAGAGGCAUUCUCCAGAUCAGGAAGAAAGGGACAAGGAGAAGAAAAAAGAAGCUGAAAGAGAAAAAGCAAGAGGAUUGGAAAAGAAGGAGAAAAAGCUUAAAGAAAAAGAGGAGAAAGAAAGAAAGGAAAGAGAGAAACACAAGGAAAAAGAGAAAGCUGAAGAAAAGGCUAAAAAGGAAAAAGAAGAGAAARCCAAGAARGAAAAAGAAGAGAAAGCCAAGAAGGAAAAAGAAGAGAAAGAAAAAGCAAAAGAAAAGAAGGAUCAUGAUCACAAAGAAAAAGUUAAAGAUAAGGAAAAACGACAACAAGAGAAAAAAGAUAAAAAAGAGAGAAAGCAUAAGUUAAUGGAAGAACAAAAAGAAAAACAACGACAACUAAUGGAAGAAAUCAAGAAGAAAGCAGCAGACAAAGCUGAAGAAGAUGAAGAAGAUGAAAUAACCAACGUUGAUGGUGUUGAGAAAGAGAGGGGCGAAGGAGAGCUKCCAAGAGAAGGUUCAGUAUCAGCAUUACUUAGUCUUUUCUCCCAAGCAGAACAGAUAGAAAAGCCUCGCUAUCCGGCGUUACGUAUUCAAAAAGUAAGACCAAGGACUCUAGCAGCUGGUAUUGCACCAGAAAUCAUCAAAACAGCUCGAGAAAUGAUGGAAAGAAGGGAGAGAUUCGAUGCUUCCCAUCAAACUCAAGACGACUCCAGCAUCAAUGCUAGGCCAGAUAGUCUGAUUGAAGAGUCAGAAAGGUUGAUUUCUACUGCAGAUACUAAUCAAGACAACCGGCUUGCUGAUAARAAUGACGAGGACAGGAAAAAGGAAUUAAGAAGAUUGCACAAAGCGAAAAAAGCAAGAAAAGUCUCUUCAACUCUUCGACCGUUUGGGAUGACGAAGACCAAAUCCGARUCCAAUUUAGACCAACCAUUUGAACUGAUACACGUUGACAUCGAUCUCGAUGAAAAAAGUGAGUCACAAGAGCAGAAAAAAAGCAAGAUUAUUGAACUYACUCCCGUCGCCAAGAAAACGAUUCCUCCAGUACAAAUCUCAGUGAGUCAGAAGCCUUCAGAAAGUAAACAAGCCAAGAAAACUGCUUUAGAUGAAGGUCUUGAAGAGUUUUUUGGRGAAACUAAAACCAAUGAAGAAAAAAUAGAGGUUUCUGCAGCUAAAGUUGCCAUUACAACAGAAGAUCUUGAUGUGAUCUCGUCACAAACUACACAACAUCUUCGUUCUGCUGGCGAGGAUAAAAUGCAUCUUAAACCUAAACGAAGGCACGCUACCAAGUCCAAUCCUGUCAAAGCCCUGAAAGAACGACAAGAUGUCAGAACUGAUACAGAAGCUUCACGUACUCCAAGAAUCGAAAAGAAGCAAGUGACAAGUGAACACCCUGUGAUUCGWCGAAAGAAAAAGAAAUACAAAGAUCCUGAAAACCUCUGGCGUCGUCAUACUCUUGACCUUGCKGCAUCAGCCAUUGCUGGCUUAGCCAGUACCGAGGAYUUCACCAAAGUAACUUUAAGAAAAACAGGAGGACCAGAAAAAGCUAAAGAGCAAGAUAACUACAGAGGAACACAACCAAUAAUGAUGCUUCACAUCAAAGGUAGAAGAAAUAUGCAGACACGUUUGAUYGAGCCYUGUCAGAAAUCGCUAAACUCCGGRGACUGUUUUGUCCUUGUCACCAAAGAAGACYUGUUUGCUUGGGUYGGKAAGGAUGCUAACGCUAUMGAAAGAGCAAAGGUCACAGAAAUCGCUUCUCGUAUUUUUACAAAGCGYGAGUUGGACUGCAAGGCUCGUGAUAUUACKUUCAUCGAGGAGAGGGAAAAGGACCCAGAAAAAUUGAAAGGCUCAAACAAGUUCUGGAAUGUUCUCAAUGGUGAUCCUGGAGACGACAUCCGAGCUGCUGAUUCAAUGCCUGUUGACGAGGAGUAUGAGAAGGGAAUGAUCAGGACCAACAUGGUGUACAAAGUUCACUGGACUGAGCCUCCGUCAUUAGUUCCAGUAGAGUCAAUGUGUGGACGUCUGCCACAAGUCUCCAUACUAGAUACAAAAGAGGUGUUAGUUUUCGAUUUUGGCUCGGAGUUAUACGUCUGGAAUGGCCAGCAUUCAUUAUCGGGUCAAAGAAAAACGGUCUUCGCCCUUGGGAAACAGCUUUUUGAAAGUCCAUUUGAACCUAAUGGAAUUUACAAUCCACUUUACCCGUACGGUAAAGGACAAGAAACACUGCCCAAUAACGACGAUAACAAGACUUCCCCAGCACGACCCCCAUGGGCUCUAUUUGCAAGGCUGCACGAAAAAGCCGAAACGAUUCUGUUUAGAGAAAAAUUCCUUGAUUGGCCUGAUCCUACAAAGAUUAUCAAAAUGAAAGGACAUCCUAGCAGUGGGGAAUUAAUUAUCAAGAAACACAUUCCUGUAGAGUUAAACAAUUCCUACAUCUAUACUGUACAAAACCUCCAUAUCUCAAAACUCUUGUUAUUAUUACAUUGUACAGGUAGAAGAAAUAUGCAGACACGUUUGAUYGAGCCYUGUCAGAAAUCGCUAAACUCCGGRGACUGUUUUGUCCUUGUCACCAAAGAAGACYUGUUUGCUUGGGUYGGKAAGGAUGCUAACGCUAUMGAAAGAGCAAAGGUCACAGAAAUCGCUUCUCGUAUUUUUACAAAGCGUGAGUUGGACUGCAAGGCUCGUGAUAUUACUUUCAUCGAGGAGAGGGAAAAGGACCCAGAAAAAUUGAAAGGCUCCAACAAGUUCUGGAAUGUUCUCAAUGGUGAUCCUGGAGACGACAUCCGAGCUGCUGAUUCAAUGCCUGUUGACGAGGAGUAUGAGAAGGGAAUGAUCAGGACCAAUAUGGUGUACAAAGUUCACUGGACUGAGCCUCCGUCAUUAGUUCCAGUAGAGUCAAUGUGUGGACGUCUGCCACAAGUCUCUAUACUAGAUACAAAAGAGGUGUUAGUUUUCGAUUUUGGCUCGGAGUUAUACGUGUGGAAUGGCCAGCAUUCAUUAUCGGGUCAAAGAAAAACGGUCUUCGCCCUUGGGAAACAGCUUUUUGAAAGUCCAUUUGAGCCUAAUGGAAUUUACAAUCCACUUUACCCAUACGGUAAAGGACAAGAACCAUUGCCCAAUAACGACGAUAACAAGACUUCCCCAGCACGACCCCCAUGGGCUCUAUUUGCAAGGCUGCACGAAAAAGCCGAAACGAUUCUGUUUAGAGAAAAAUUCCUUGAUUGGCCUGAUCCUACAAAGAUUAUCAAAAUGAAAGGACAUCCUAGCAGUGGGGAAUUAAUUAUCAAGAAACACAUUCCUGUAGAGUUAAAGCCUUGYGAUCCUAAAGUCAUGUUGACUAACCCAGAACCAACCAAAGGAGAAACAUUCGAAGGCGUUAACGUAGGGCGUGGUCACGGUGUACCGACGCGAUGGACUGGGGACUACUAUAAAGAAGGCAAUCUUUGUUCUACUGUGGGUUUAACUGUAUGGCAUAUCAAUGAAUAUCGACAUUACGAGUUACCUCCAGCGAAUGCGGGGCAUUUCCAUUCUGGUGAGGGAUACGUCAUACGAUGGGCCUAUUACGUCAUGAAUGAUCGUAUCGCUAAAGACCGGAAGUCUCGAUGUCGAUCGACCAUCGCUGGGCGCGUGCGCACUGCGUAUUAUUUUUGGCAGGGUAAUGAYUGUACGGUGAACGAGAAAGGAGCAGCUGCCGUGAUGGCUGUUGAACUAGACGAGGAGAGAGGACCUCAGGUUCGUGUGGUUCAAGGCAAAGAACCMCCGUCGUUCCUUAAUCACUUUAARGGAGGCAUGAUGAUACACGCGGGAAAUACUUCCAAGUGUUGGUUCGACGUCGAUGCAAAAUCUCAUGUCUCAGAAAACAUUGAACGACUUUCUGACACAUCUAUAAUUCGUCUUUACUGUCUACGAAACGAAGAAUCGGGUGAAGGAUGUUUAGUGCAAGUUAAAGCAACGUGUUCWUCUCUGCGAUCAAGAGGGUGUUUUAUUCUAUUGCUUUGCCGUGAAGAGGAGAUGUAUGUAUGGUAUGGCUGUAAAGCUACAGAAGGAUGUAGAAGAAACGUGUUGGCUGCCGCAAAGCUGAUGCAGGAAAAGAAACCCUUAGAAUGUAACAUCGAAAMUACGUUAUCAAUYARUCUAAUAGAAGUCGAAGAAUCCAAAGAACCAGAUGCAUUUUUCAAAGCUUUAGGAGGAAAAAAGUAUUAUUGUAGUCUUAUUAAAGAUCCUUCUCCUCAACAAUUUACUCCAAGACUAUUCGARCUCACCAGCGCAACAGGAAAAUUUCUAUCAAACGAAAUAWUGAACCCGUCGCGAGUAGAUGGCAAAGUUGACAUGUUUCCGUUCUUGCAGGAUGAUUUGUAUGGCACGCCACAGCCAGCAUUAUUUCUGUUGGAUUUCCACUUCGAGGUCUAUGUCUGGGAAGGCUGGAUACCAGAAAAUGACCUGGACUCCCUGACUGGAACGGGAAGACAACGAUGGGAUACCGAUAGAAAGCUUGCCAUGGAAACAGCUAUCAAGUACGCUGAAGAGGCUGGUAAACGCAUUUCCCAUCGUGUGUWUGUGGUUUACGCGGGUCUCGAGCCAAUGUCGUUCAAGGUUGCAUUUCCCAUGUGGUCMGACAAACCUUAUAUUACUUCAAUUCAAAAAGAGACCGGCAAGCAACCUGGAACCAGGCAUUUGGUGUUAGAACUGUUGAAUCAAUUCACGAAAGAGACGUACAGUCUAGAGGAAUUACAACAAACUCCUCCUCCUCAAGGGGUUAAUCCCUCAAAACUAGAAACCUACUUGAACAAAGAAGACUUUUCGAAUAUAUUUAAGAUGAACGCUGAAGAGUUUGAGAAACUACCCGGAUGGAAGCAACAGAACUUAAAGAAAGCUGUUGGUUUAUUUUAACUAAGGCUGUAGUCUUCACAAUGUCCCUGUAUAUAAUAUCUGUCCGUUAUCAGACAGGUGAAAAAUUACCAAUAUUUAUUACUAGAUAUUAGGCAUUAUUAAUGUAGGUGAAGGCAAGUGUUGCUGGUCCAAGCUUGUAGAAUACCUGAAGUUUGUAAUAUAAUCAUAAAUGGGUUGUUUGCUACCAUAGUCUGCCAUGCAAGAAAUAUUCUCAUGGUAUGAAAAGAGUUUUGAGAAAGAUUUACAGAAUUAUAUYAAGUUUUGAUGAUAAAUGUAACGAUUAUUGAGGAAAGUAUAUUAUAGCGUUGACGAGGGAAUGCUAGGAAUAUUAUUGUAGAUACUUAAUUAUUCCCUGUUUAAUAUGCAUUCAUUACAUUCCUUUUUGUUAAGUAUUUUGAUAAAUGAUGAAAGGAAAAAACGUAAUAUCUGUUCCAGUUUUUAUUGCAGUUUAUUGGYAUUAGAUUGCUCAAAUCACAAUCAAUGUUUUUGAAGGUAGUGUAGGGAAACUUGUUAAGAUAAAAGAUGAAGAAAGGAUAUAAAUAUAAAUACUAGGAAUAUUAUUGAUUCAAAUGAAAAAAAUGCUAUUUAUUUUGAAUUGUACAUAAAGAGAAAGUAUAUUAGUGUAGGUAAAAAGCAUCCUCAAGGCCCGUUUACACUUUAUUUGCAGCGCGAUUGUCGCACGACAAUCGCCACUUUGUUCUCGCGCACCUCAAAUCGUAAGUGUUAACAGCUUUACGAUUGUCGCGGCGAUCGAAAAUCGCUGGCGAGUUGCAGCUAAAUUUCAAGCAUGUUCGAAACUCAGACGAUUGUCGCGCAACAAUCGCGCUUCGAUUUCAAGUGUAAACGGGCCUUCAGAAACUUUGGGACUUCUGAAAAUAAUCAUGGGAACACAAUAGAAGAUUAUGACCCACCCUUUUAUCUCCCAAUAAUCCCCGCCUCCCCCUCCCUUUCCCAGUCACACUCAGUAGUCUCACGGCUUCCAAGGAUGGGUAUAAAAAUUGUUUUCGCAUUCAUUGUAACAAUGAUUGUCAUUAAAGUGGUUGCUACACUG